CUCGUUGGUCAGCGGACCGGUGGACGAUGUUGAGUCUAUAAAAGGCACCUAUACUCGGAAAGGGUCAGGUUUUCGACGUCUCGUUUCUCUGAGGCACUCGUAUGAACUUGAGGACAAGAGGAAGCAGGUUUUUGUGAUUUAAAACUAUAAAUCAUGCCUCUACGACCCAGAGCUUCCUCACAACCAGGGAGAGGCGGUGUGUUCCUGACCCCCAAAGUGACGACGGUUCUGCGUCCUCGAGCUCUGACCUCCAGCUCCCGCUCGGCCGUGGAGGACCAGCUGUCGUGUCCCGUGUGCUGCGAGAUCUUCGCCGACCCCGUGGUCCUGCGCUGCAGCCACAGCUUCUGUCGCACCUGCCUGAACCAGUUCUGGAACAAGAAGGUGCCCAAGCGCGAGUGUCCCGUGUGCAGGAGGAGAUGUUCGCUCACAGAGCCCACCGUCAGCCUGGUGCUGAAGAACGUGUGCGAGACCCUGGUGCAGGAGCAGAAGGGACUGAACACGCCGCCCUCGUCGCCCGGCACCGCCGCCAAGCUGUUGGACCUGUGUCCUACCCACAAAGAGCCGCUCAAACUCUACUGCCACGACGAUGAGGAGCUGCUGUGCUGCGUGUGUCACACCUCCAAGAAGCACCAAGGCCACCGAGUGUGUCCCAUGGAGGAAGCGGCACAUGACCUUAAGGCAGAGUUAAAGAAGGAGCUGGCACCGAUGAAGAAAAAUCUCCGUCGGCUUUACGAGGCCAAGCAGGAGGACGAAGACAUCACCGUCCACAUCAAGAACCAAAGGCAGCAGGCGGAGAAACGGAUCAGAGAGGAAUUUGAUGAGAUCAGACAGUUCCUGGAAAAACAGGAGCAGGCGCGGAUCGCUCUCCUGGCCGAGGAAGAGGAGGAGAAGUUGCAUCUGAUGAAGAAAAACACUGACAACCUCUCACGGGAUAUUCUGUCGUUCUCCCACGCCGUCAGAACCAUAGACGACGAAAUCGCCAACAGUGACGCUGUGUUCCUGAAGCACUACAAGUAUAUAAAGAAGAGGACACAUUUAACGUUUAAUGAACCCGAGAAAGUUCCGUCUGCUCUCAUCAAUGUGGCGAAACACGUCAGCUCUCUAAAGUUCAGCUUGUGGGAGAAAAUGCAGGCCAUGGUGGAAUACACGCCAGUGACCCUGGAUGCCAACACGGCCUACCCCUGCCUGACGCUGAGCAAAAACCUGACCCACGUCAGCAACAGCGGCAUGUUGCAGAAGCUUCCCGACAACCCGGAGCGCUUCGACCACUUCGUCUUCGUGUUAGGGUCAGAGGGUUUCGAGUCGGGACGCCACUCCUGGGAGGUGGAGGUGAAGGACAACAAUGAUUGGGUCAUCGGCGUGGUCAAGGAGUCCAUAUCCAGGAAGGGGAAAGUCUCAGGAGGUCCAGAGGCAGGUUUCUGGACCAUCGCGCUCUCUGACGGCGUUUACACGGCCAUGACGUCUCCGCCCACACAGCUGGAGCUGAGCGGCCAUCUCGAGAGAGUCAGGGUGAAGCUGGACUUCGAGGCCGGCGAGGUCAGCUUCUCCAACCCUCUGGACCUGACGCCCAUCUACACCUUCAAAGAGCACUUCACCGAGAAGAUGUUCCCUUUCUUCUGCCCUGGUGCCAACAUCAAUGGAAGCAACCCGGGUCCUCUGAAAAUCUGCCCGGUUAAAGUAGCCGUGUGGAACAGCGCCAUCUGGUAACGGGGGUUUACAUUAUUGUGCUAAAAAUAAAACACAUCUGCUGUAUAGCGUAUAGGAAAUCAAAGUGCUACGGAAAUCUUGUUUUAUGCGUAUUCUGAGUAAUAACCAAUAAACAGUUAUAUUUGUAAGAAGUGACGUGUUCUUAAUGGCUUUUACACAAUAAGAGUUCUGAUACGGCUCAUUCACAUCAUUUACAUCAUCGUUCAAAUCCCAGGAGCACCAAGCUGACCCUUCAGCAGUUUGAGCAACAGUAGCUCGUCUGUUGGAUCGGAUCACACGGGUCAGCCUUCGCUCCCCACGUCCAUCAAUGAGCCUUGACCACCCAUGACCCUGUCUCCGGUUCACCACUGUUCCUUCCUUGGACCACUUUUGAUAGAUACUGACCACUGCAGACCGGGAACACCCCACAAGAGCUGCAGUUUUGGAGAUGCUCUGAUCCAGUGGUCUAGCCAUCACAAUUUGGUCCUUCAUCACGCUUCAUUACGCUUGUCCAUUUUUCCUGCUUCUAACAUCAACUUUGAGGACAAAAUGUUCACUUGCUGCCUAAUAUAUCCCACCCACUAACAGGUGCCAUGAUGAGGAGAUCGGUGUAUUAUUUUAAAUGUAUAAAUUUAUCCCUAAUGAUCGAGCCUGAGUUGAAGGAGGUGAGGAAAAUCUCCCUGAAGAAACCUGACUCGAAGGGAACCUGUGGAUGGAUGAAGUGGUGGAUGAAGUGGUUAAAACUUGAUCAGGGUUCAAGCCCCCAAAACUGCAAAGCUGCCUGUUGGUCAAUCGAGCCAUCCCUUAACACUUAUCCCUUAUGUCGUUUCUCAUGUAAAGCUGCUUUGAGACAAUGCUCUUUGUUAAAAGGGCUAUACAAAUAAUUGAAUUGAAUUGAAUUGAAUUAACACUCCCUGCUACAGGGGGCGCUGUAUCAUAGCUGCCCCUGCGCCUUGACCCCAACUUCCUCAGCUGAGAUAUGCGAAGAAAAGUAUUUCACUGUGCUGUAAUGUAUGUGUGGCGAUAAUAAAGACUUUCUUUAUUUCUC